AUGCUGUGUGCUAAUUUUAUGUAUCGACUCUGCAUAUCAUUUAUACUUUUUUUAAUUAUUCCAAAUGGAAGGAUAAAGUGUUUCACCUUGAAAAAAAUCUCCCCACUUUGUACGAAAACCCGCUAUUUGCAAGCACAUCACAAGAAUAUGAAAUUUUUGCUAAACAACCUUCUGAGAAAAAUGCCGAAAAGUGUAGUCAAAGAAACGGCAAAAAAUAUAACUGAAAAUCUUCCCAGUUAUAUAAAAAAAAAGGAUGAAAAUUUUUUAAUAAAUCUGCGUGUUAAGCCUAAUGCAAAGAAUACGUCAAUAUAUUUUAACUCAGAUAGAGAAGUUCUGAAUAUUAAUAUACAAGAACAACCCAUAAACAACCAGUCCAAUAUUGCCAUCAUAGGUUAUUUCUCCGAUAUCCUGGAUUUGAAAAAGAGAGACAUAUCCAUCGUUUCCGGCCUGAAAUCAAGGGACAAGGUUUUAAUGGUUUCAAAUAUCUCCCUGGAUGACUUAAAUAGCAAAAUUGCCGAAAAUGUUGAGUGA